GCCUGUGCCAGUGCUAAGGUUUUGCGCUGCUAGUGCCGCCUGGAAGGAUGCUCAGUGACAACCACGUGUGUGGCCAGGAAGGAACAUUCCCUCUUGCUUUGGAUGUUGGCUCUGGAAGAGGUUACAUAGCUCAACAUUUAACAAAGGAAACUGUUGAAAAACUCAUUCAAGUAGAUAUUGCAGAGAAUGCUUUAAAAAGUACUACGGAAACUGAAAUACCUACGGCCAGUGUUGUAGCUGAUGAGGAAUUCCUUCCUUUCAAAGAAGAUACCUUUGAUCUUGUCGUUAGCAGCUUAAGUUUACAUUGGGUGAAUGACCUUCCUAAAGCCUUUAGAGAGAUUCAUCAAGUACUUAAGCCGGAUGGAGUGUUUAUUGGUGCGAUGUUUGGAGGAGACACUCUGUAUGAGCUUCGCUGCUCCCUGCAGCUGGCAGAGCUAGAGAGAGAAGGGGGAUUUUCUCCUCAUGUAUCACCCUUCACUGCUGUCUCUGACUUGGGGCAUCUGCUGUCAAGAGCUGGCUUUAACACCCUCACUGUGGACACUGAUGAAAUUCAAGUAAACUAUCCAGGAUUGUUUGAGCUUAUGGAAGACUUACAAGGUAUGGGAGAGAGUAACUGCUCUUGGAAUAGAAAACCUCUGCUACACAGGGAUACUAUGUUGGCAGCUGCAGCAAUAUACAAAGAAAUGUAUGGCAAUAGUGAUGGCUCCAUUCCUGCCACAUUUCAGAUAUACUACAUGAUAGGCUGGAAAUUCCAUGAAUCACAGGCAAAACCAGCCCAGAGAGGUUCUGCAACAGUUUCAUUUGGAGAUCUGGCAAAAAUAAAUGGACUUCUUUCAAAAAGAAAAAAAUAGUUCUUCAUUAAAAGCAAGAGUUGUUUAGGAGCUCUCACAAAACUUUGCAUUGUUGGUGGUCUCCAAUUUGUUGGGUUACUUCUGUUAUGACACAUAAAAGUGGUCGUAAUCUGCAUGCAACAGGGUGGGGUUUUUUAUCAUUGUUUCUUCUCUGCCUAUGCUGCAGCAGUAGCUGUUUUGGGUUUUUU